AUUCAUGUUACAACACUGACUGGCGCGGCCAUGGACAUCAACUGUAAUUCCAGUGAUACUAUUCGUCAGGUCAAAAAGACUAUAUACGUCAAGGGAUGGAUUCACCCACAAAGGCAUGCGCUCUUUUUCCGGAGCAGAGAACUGGAGAAUGAUAAAGCCCUGGGCGAUUACAAGAUCAGAUUUGGAUCAACCCUGCGCUCUGUCCGAUAUCUCCGUGGCGGC